AUGGCCAUACGAUUUGACCACUCUACAGGUACUGCUGGCUGUGUUUUAGCGUCUAGACUAUCCGAGACCAAGGCCACAAAAGUUCUCUUGCUCGAAGCAGGUGGCAGCAGCAAAGCUGUACUCUUCACUCAAACUCCGGUAGCAUAUGGUCAACUGUUCAGGACAGAGCAUGCAUUCCAGAUAUUUACUGAACCUCAGGAGGGGUUGGGAGGUAAAUCCAAAUUUUGGCCUCGUGGAAAGCUAUUGGGCGGAUGUACUGCCCAUUAUGGAUCUCCAGAGGAUUACGACGAAUGGGCAAACAUUACCAAAGACAAAACAUGGUCGUGGAAUGAAUUUGGUCGCUACUUUCAAAAGUUUGAACGUGUGCUAGCGGAUCCAUCCUAUCCCCAAGUUGACACCUCGUUGCGAGGAUCAGACGGGCCUGUACGAGUGGGCUACUUUAAUUACAGUACCCGGUUCGGACAAGACUUUGUCAAAUCGUGUCAAGCUUUGGAUGUUCCAUUCUGUCCAGAUUUUGAUAAUGGAAAGGGAACACUAGGCGUAAAUCGAAUAUUGACAUACAUCGAUGAAAAAGCAACACGAGUAUCGACAGAAACUUCGUAUUUAACACCUCAAGUACUUGCGAGGUCCAAUCUUAAGGUCGUGACUGGAGUGAAAGUCACCAAAAUCUUGUUUGAUACAACAACCAUACAACCGAAAGCUGUCGGGGUCCAGAUGCAAAGUACUCUGGGUGGGACCACAUACUAUGCAUUUACAAACAAAGAUGUUAUUCUAGCCGCCGGGGCUAUCCAUACUCCUCAUAUCUUGAUGCUCUCUGGUAUCGGCCCCGCAUCCCACCUUCGCGAACACGACGUAGCUGUAGUCAAAGACCUUGAAAAUGUUGGCGCCCACCUGCAAGAUCAUCCUGUUUUCGAUAUCCACCUCAAAGACAAGUUGCAGCUGGCUCCUGUAUUUUUAAUGCGGAAAGGAUUUAUACAAAACUUCCGAUAUUUUCUGACAACACUACAAUAUCUUAUCUUUCAUACCGGCCCUCUAGCGAUCAAUUGGGGAGAGGCGGCUGCCUUCAUUCGAACCGACGAUCCGAAGCUCUUUCCGCGAAAUGAGUAUCCAGACCGACUUUCUGAUACGACGUCUGGGCCCGACAGUCCCGAUAUCGAAAUCUUUAGCACUCCGUUGUCAUAUAAGGAUCACGGAGGUUUCUUAUUCAGCGAACACACACGGGCAUUACACGUUUGCCUUCUGAGACCAUCAAGCGAAGGUUUGAUUCGCUUGAAGUCUUCUGACCCAUGGAGUGAUCCCUCCGUCGAUCCCAAGUAUCUACAAGCCGACCAAGAUAUCGAGAGGAUACUGCGAGGAAUCAGGUUUGCCCUCCAGAUUCAAAAAACUGAGCCUAUUGCCUCGCAUAUCGAUUUUGAGGACCCAGCAUUUGAUGGCAAGUUGAACGAAUACAGCAAUGAUCAACUCAAGCAGGAGAUCUCCGAGCGACUGGAAACGCUCUACCAUCCAAUGGGGACUUGUCGUAUGUCUGCUUCCGAAGACGAGGGAGUAGUGGACAAUGAACUCAGGGUGCAUGGAGUCAACGGUCUGCGCAUUUGCGACGCAUCUGUGUUUCCUUCCAUGGUUUCAGGUCACUCAGCUGCGGCGGUGAUAGCAACUGCAGAGAAAUUGGCAGAUGUUCUCCAGAACCAGUGA